CAGAUGCCCUUUUUUGCCAUUUUGCCUUUAAUGGAGAGUGAACUCUUCAGAAAGAGAAGUUUGACAACACAGAUCCUCACCUGGAAUCAAACCAGAGACAUUGUGAACAUGAGGAAGCUAGAGGCAGCUAUUUUACUUGUGAAAACCUUUGUGUAAUCUUCGCUUUGAAGAUAUUGAGGCGUUCACAACAUCUGUCAGGCUUAAAGCAACCACUAAAACCUGCAAAGAAGGCAUUUGAGUGAACUAUCAACCUGCCAAAGGAUUGCGUUGGUUCAACACUUCCAAAGAAGAAACGUCAGUAAAGCUUCUGGGCAGUAACGUGCCCCCGCCAGCAGCAUCAAACAUUUCCAGCUUUGCCUCUGCAUGCAGAGUCGGUGCACAUAAAGAAAAGAGUCCUCAUUAAAAAAAAAAAAAAAUCUUCGGCUCAUUGAUUGGCGGGUUCAGUGGUUGGGAGGUUGGUAUAUAAACUCAGAGAACUGUGCUGAUCACACAGAGGGAGUUGAGCUGAGAAUCAGACAUCACACCGACAGAAGACAAGAUGGUUACACAGAGACAGAAAUACCUGGAGAACGCCCUCCUCUCAGCAGUGGCAGUGCUGCUUCUGGCCACAGCAGGACGAUGUGAAAUGCUGACUGUCACCGUGGAGACCACAGCAACACCUGCUACAUUAAACUCCUCUCCCACCACACAGCUCCCCAACAGCAGCAUGGAGAACCCUCCAGCAUCACACUCCUCGCAAAGACCAUGUCAAAGUCAAAAUGAAAACUACUGUGCCAACGGGGGGGUGUGCAUGUUACCCCAAGACAGCGACAAGCCCUCCUGCAUCUGCAAGUUCUCAUACACCGGGCAACGCUGCCUCUUCGUCAUUUCACCCUCUCACACUCUACUUGAGUUAGAGAAGGUGAUCGCCGCCAGUUUUGGGGCCAUUCUCAUCAUCUUUGUUCUGGCCAUCAUCUUUUACUGCUUUGCUCAUAAGAGGUGUAGAAAAUCUGCCCCGCUCCUAAAGUCUGCACCGUCUGAGUCGUCAGUGUGAACCCUACCAGCUCAUCUGUUUGUCGUCUUCUUCAUCGUCACCAUCUUUUCAGUUAUUUAUAAACCAUAAACCUGCAGCAUUGUAAAUUAUUCACGAACAAUUAAGAGACUUUAUGGACCUUUUUUCCCCAUUUAUUGGACAUUUGGUGUGCAAAAAGAUGACCACUUUUCAGUAAACUGUUUAUUUAUUUGUAACAUGUUAAGAUAUCAAUCACUUAAUUGUCUCGUAAAAGGUGCAGGAAGAACAGAUAUGACUAUUUAUUGUAACAUAGAAAUGUAUUUAUUGAUAGCAUUCAUUUGAAAUGUUUUAAUAAAUGUAAAUAACAAA